AUGAUCAUGAUACCAACUGAUGAUGAGUUAGACGAACUUGUAUUAAAUCAUCUGGAAAAUUUGUCUACCAUUAUUGAUUUGAAUCACCAUUUAGAGGAUUCUUUAAGUGAAGGAAGACUUUUACUGGCUAAAACGAGACAUAAUCUUCGGGGAAACAGUUGUUCGAUCUCUUCAACCUCUUAUAAUUUAAACGAAAUGUCUACUCGUGGUGCAUCUUUUCGUGCUGCAGUUAUUGAAGAGCCUAUCGAACCUACUUAUGAUAAGGAUUUCAAAACCACUCGUUUUCAGCUAAUUGACGAAUUGGCUAGCAAUACUUUAGAUCCUAACCCUUCAACAGACCCAAUCCGAUGGUUUUCUGGAGUACUUGUUCCUUCUAGUUUACGUCAUGCACAAUCUUGUUUUCGACGUGCUGUGAAUUUAUCCUUAGAACUUGCCAGUCGACGUGCAAAACUAGAGGCAUCUUCUCAACAAAUAAAACAUUUAAUUAAACUACGCAUGAAAAGUGAAUCAACAGUUGAAUGA